GGCGAGGUGUGCCGCGGGCGGGUGUCGCAGGGCGUGUCACGAGGUGAGUGGGGAGCGCGGGGCCGAGGGCGGGAGCGGCCCCGGGCGCCGGUGGCCUCACCCCUCCCCCCCGCAGCCGGACGGCCUUUCCCGGGAAGAUGGCGGAUCGCGCGGAGAUGUUUUCCCUCUCCACCUUCCACUCGCUGUCGCCGCCGGGCUGCAGGCCUCCCCAGGACAUAAGCCUGGAAGAAUUUGAUGAUGAAGACCUGUCGGAGAUCACCGAUGACUGUGGCCUGGGUCUCAGCUACGAUUCGGACCACUGUGAGAAGGACAGCCUCUCCCUGGGACGCUCAGAGCAGCCGCACCCCAUCUGCUCAUUCCAGGAUGACUUCCAGGAGUUUGAGAUGAUUGAUGACAAUGAAGAAGAGGAGGAAGAGGAGGAGGAGGAGGAAGAAGAGGAGGAGGAAGAAGAGGGAGAUGGGGAGUGCCAGGAGGGAGGAGGACCUGAAUCAGAGGCAUCUACCCAAAAGCCCCUUAUCCCUUCCCCUUCCCUGGAAGAGCCCCACAAGCACCGGCCCACCACCCUUCACUUCACUUCCCUGGGAGCCCAGGACUCCCUGAAUAACAACGGAGGCUUUGCCCCCGCGCCCCCAGCCUCCUGGCAGGAAACAGUGCUGUGCUCUCAGGCUCAGGAGAUCCUUGGAGAGCUCCCUGGCCCCCUCCCACCCACGGAGGAGGGGCCCUGUGAAGAGCAGUCACUCGUGUGUCCGGGUUGUGACUGUGAAGGGAACCGGCCGCCGGAGCCCCAAGCGCCAGGUGGAGCCUCACCCUCCUCGGAUCCCGGCAUAGAGGCUGACCUGAGAAGCCGCUCCAGCGGGGGCCACGGGGGACGGCGCAGCAGCCAGGAGCUGUCUUCCCCGGGUUCUGACUUGGAGGAAGCCGGCGGCGUGCGCCUGGGGCGCAUGAUCUCCUCCAUCUCGGAGACGGAGCUGGAGCUGAGCAGCGAUGGCGGCAGUAGCAGCAGUGGCCGCUCCUCGCACCUCACCAACUCCAUCGAGGAGGCUUCCUCACCCGCUUCCGAGCCCGAACCCUUGCACGAACCCCCGCGCCGCCCGGCCUUCCUGCCGGUGGGCCCUGACGACACCAACAGCGAGUAUGAGUCGGGGUCCGAAUCCGAGCCCGACCUCAGCGAGGAGGCCGACUCGCCCUGGCUGCUCAGCAACCUGGUGAGCCGCAUGAUCUCCGAGGGCUCCUCGCCCAUCCGGUGCCCUGGCCAGUGCCUGUCUCCCGCACAGCGCCUGCCCGGGGAGCCUCUGUCGCCAGCCGGGAGGGCCGUGGAGGACUCCCAGGACCCCGACGUGGCCGUGGGGCCAGGUGUGGAAUUGGUGGACAUGGAGACCCUGUGUGGGCCACCGCCGCCCGCCCCCGCAGCACCUCUACCUGGCACCGCACCGCCAGGGCCCUGCCUCUUCCUCAGCAACCCCACACGUGACACCAUCACACCACUGUGGGCCGCGCCUGGCCGCACCUCGCGCCCUGGCCGCGCCUACUCUGCUGCCUGCUCGGAGGAGGAGGAAGAGGAGGAUGAGGAGGAUGCUGAGGACAGCGUGGGGCCCCCAGGGGGCAGGAGCAUCAGCUCCGCAGCGCCGCGGGACGCCUCGCUGGUCUACGAUGCCGUCAAGUACACGUUGGUGGUGGAUGAGCACACACAGCUGGAGCUGGUGAGCCUGCGCCGCUGUGCAGGCCUGGGCCACGACAGCGAAGAGGACAGCAGCGGCGAGGCCAGCGAGGAGGAGGUGGGGGCUGCGCUGCUAGGCAGCGAUCAGGUCCCUGGGGAUGCCUCUCCAGACAGUCCUGACCUCACCUUCUCCAAGAAGUUCCUCAAUGUCUUUGUCAACAGCACAUCUAGAUCCUCCAGCACUGAGUCCUUUGGCCUUUUUUCCUGUCUGGUCAAUGGGGAGGAGAGAGAGCAGACCCAUCGGGCUGUCUUCAGGUUCAUCCCUCGCCACCCUGAUGAGCUGGAGCUGGAUGUGGAUGACCCAGUGUUGGUGGAAGCUGAGGAAGAUGACUUUUGGUGCCGGGGCUUCAAUAUGCGCACUGGGGAACGCGGUGUGUUCCCUGCCUUCUACGCCCACGCAGUGCCCGGCCCUGCCAAGGACCUGCUGGGGAGCAAGCGGAGCCCCUGCUGGGUGGAGCGCUUCGAUGUGCAGUUCCUAGGCUCUGUGGAGGUGCCAUGUCACCAGGGCAAUGGCAUCCUGUGUGCAGCCAUGCAGAAGAUUGCUACUGCCCGGAAACUGACUGUCCACCUACGCCCUCCUGCCUCCUGUGACCUCGAGAUCUCUCUGCGGGGGGUCAAGCUGAGUCUGAGUGGAGGAGGACCCGAGUUUCAGCGCUGCAGCCACUUCUUCCAGAUGAAGAACAUCUCGUUCUGUGGCUGUCACCCCCGCAAUAGCUGCUACUUUGGCUUCAUCACUAAGCACCCCCUGCUGAGCCGCUUCGCCUGCCAUGUCUUUGUGUCCCAGGAGUCCAUGAGGCCAGUGGCGCAGAGUGUGGGCCGCGCCUUUCUGGAGUACUACCAGGAGCACCUGGCGUAUGCCUGCCCCACAGAGGACAUCUACCUGGAGUAGCUGCCCYGCCCUUGGCUCCUGCC